GUCUUCCGCUGGUUUCGCUGUCUUCGGACGAGGCUCCUCCGCUCCGAUCAGAUCACGUGCGCGAACACAGUGACGAAUUCUGAAAUUUUAGGGUUUCUUGUCCACUGGGAAUUCGUAAAGAAACAAGCUUUCUGUUCGUUGAAUUCGAUUGAGUUUACGACAGUGGCGGAACAAAUCGAUGAUACUUUUGCAGCCGCAUUCGAGGUUUCUCCUCCAGACCUUGUUGAAUCGUGUUCAAAACCUUGACAAAGCAGUUGAGUUAGAUUAUCAGUGGAUUGAAUUCGAUGAUGUCCGUUACCACAUCCAGGUGACCACGAAAAACCCUCAUCACUUGUUCCUUUCGGUGUCGCUACCUACCCCUCCACCCGAGGCUAUGUUCUUUGACGGGCUUCCGAUGGGAGCUAUCGAGGCGAUAAAGACUGUCUACGGGACCGGGGUUCAGAUUCUUGAUCCUCCUAGAGAUGGUUUCGAUCUCACUUUGAAGCUGAAUUUUUCUAAACUUCCUCCGGAUGAAGAGUACAAAAACUCUCUUCUGACCAACCUUGCUUCCAUUAGAGAGGUAGUGAUGGGGGCGCCAUUAAAGAUCAUUCUCAAGAAUCUAGCUUCAAGAACUGUCGCUCCCGAGCUAGAUGGACUUGUUGCCAUCAUGCAUAGACCCGAUGAAACGUUUUUCCUCGUUCCUCAGCCCGAUAAGGUUGCUGUGGUGUUUCCGAUGAGAUUUAAAGACUCUGUAGACACCAUUCUUGCUACCUCCUUCCUAAAGGAAUUCGUUGAAGCAAGGCGUACAUCCGGGCUUAAUAACGCCCCUUCUUGCUCAUGGUCUCCAAAUCCGCCACUAGAACUGGAGGGAGCUCCCAAUGAAUUGACGUCUGCCAAUGCAGGCUUUGUAUCUUUCGUCAUUUUUCCUCGACACGUUGAAGGGACAAAGCUUGACCGUACUGUUUGGAACCUAUCAACCUUCCACGCAUAUGUUAGCUAUCAUGUAAAGUGCUCGGAGGGAUUUAUGCACACCAGGAUGAGGCGGCGUGUGGAAUCUCUUAUCCAGGCUCUGGAUCGAGCUAAGCCGUUGGAGAAGACGAGAUCGAUGAACAAACGAUCGUUUAAACGGCUGAGCCUCAACAAUGUUCAUACCAACUCGAACCAGUGAGGCAUGUUGGUUCAAACCUAAGAUCCGAUAAACCGUUUCUUUCUUCGAACUCUUGAUGUUCUUCCUCCCGAGUUGAUUUUGUAAGAUCUUGGCCUUCAUCAACUAUAUAUAGUUUUCCUUCA